UAUGCGUGCAUGCAAUUCGUCUGCACAGAUGCGCACAAAAUCUCCCUCGCCGCCACAGGACACGAGAGGAGGCGCUGACGAAGCCGUAGACAGCGGGGUCAUCCCUCUGACCUUGGACCAUCUUCAGGGCAUUUUCCUUGUGGCUUGUCUUGGCUGGGGAGCCUCCGUGGCAGCCUUCCUCGGGGAGAUCCUGACGGGGACGAGGAGGAAGGGGAAGGGAGAGGAGGCCAUUGAGACUCCAUCCUUCCAGUCACCUCAGUCAUUUCCGUUUUCAUCUCAAAGGGAUGAUCUGCCGAAGGUGACCGAGGGAAAUACAGGAAGGAAAAGGAACGCCCACCUAAGGACAACAUCGAGGUCGAUAGCGGAUUCCGUUCAGCGUAUUGAGUCUCCUUAUAUGUGUAGUCGAGUGCCUCUUUCUGGUUCACUCUAGAAACACUGAUUGGACAAAUGCACACACUGCGAACAGAACAACGAAUGGAGGUGCAAGAAUACACACGUAUAUGCCGAGGGCCUUUUCACUUUAUUGCUUCUUCAUGGCAUGAAUAUACAGUGAAAAGGCCUUCGGCAUAUUCGUGUGUUUUCUUGUACUUCCCUUCGUUGUUCUACUUGCAAUUUGUUCGACAUGAAUUCCACAACUGCACACACGUACGCAAGGAGGAAAUGCACAUACAAGCACACAUACACGCGUAUAUAUUCAAAUGUAUAGAUAUAUAUGUCUAUGUCGAGGAUUAUAAUGAUUCUACUCAUACAUUUACACAGAUACAUUAUAUGUUUCUUUGUCCUGUACAAGAAAUAUUCCGCUUAGUCAAGAAUAAAUAUAUGUGGAAAAUAAA